AUGAAUCGUUCUAUCAUCUCAUCAACCCAAUUAUUUGUUAGAGUUGCCAACUCUCAACAACAACGUAACAUGGCUACCUUGAAGGAGUUGAAGGUUCGUUUGGGUACAGUAAAGACUAUCUCCAAGUUGACCAAGACAUUGCACAUGGUAGCUUCAUCAAGACUUCGUUCUGCAGAGAAGAAAGCUGAGGAUUUGUUUGGAUACAACGAAGGACCAUCGAAAUUAUUUACAGAGAUCACCUCCACCGAGGGUAUGGAUCCACAAAACACCGGUGAGGAACGUUCCAACAAGCAAUUGAUCAUCGGUGUCACCACCGACACUGGUAUGUGUGGUCCAGUCAACCAUCAAGUUAUGCGUACCACCAAAGCAUUGUUGAGCAAGGAUACCAACAACGAAUUCCUCGUCUCUGUCACUGGUAUGAAGGGUGUCUCACCAAUCACCUCGACCUACCCAGCCAAGAUGUUCUCGUCGGCCCGUGACUUUGGAAAGUCCGACUACUCUUUCCCAGAGACCUUGGCCUUCUUGGACAAGAUCAUCCGUGCCGUUCCAAACUUUGACGGUGCCUACUUGGUUUUCAACCGUUUCAAGAACGCCAUGUCCUACGCCGUCAUGAGCCAAUUCGUCCCAGGUUUCAACUUGUUGGAGCACAACCGUGACAAAUUCUACCAAUACCAAACCACUGAGGACCGUGCCGCCACCAUGAAGGAUCUCUCUGAGUUCUCGUUGGCUUCCAACCUCUGGAUUGCUCUCUACCAAAAUCGUGCCUCUGAGACUGCCGCCCGUAUGAUUUCCAUGGACAAUGCUUCAAAGAACGGUGAGCAAAUCUCCCAAGCCCUCUCACUCCAAUACAAUCGUGUCCGUCAAGCCAUGAUUACCAGUGAGCUCAUUGAAAUUACUUCUGGUGCCGCUGCUAUCGAAGAUUCCAACUAA